AUGCGUAGGAACCUCUUGGGGCUGGUCCUCUUGGUCUUCGGCCUCAGCAGCCUCUUCCUUUACUGGUGGGUUCGCCUCUACUCUCGGCUGGCACGCCGCCGCGCAGACAACAGCACAUCGCUCAAGCCCGAGCAGGUGUUUGUCACGAUGGUGACGAGCGUGAAGUUCAGCAGCGAUAUGUGGACCCACUGGCUGGCGCACUACACCAACGCGUCCCUGGGCUUUCACCUCGAGGGGAAGGAGCAGGAUCAUGCCGUGGCCUUGUUCGAAGCUCAUGGAAUCACACCCAUCGUGUGGCAAGGUGUAUACACGAGUGUGGCCAAGGGUGCGUUCAAGGAUGCGAUCUACGCCGAGCGUGUACCCAGCAGCUCGUGGCUCAUUGAGACCGACGACGACGAGUUGAUCGAGUUCCCCAAGCCCGUGCUCGAGUUCCUCACCGAGGUCGAGGAUCUCGGCUACACCGUCGUGCAGGGGGGGAUGGUGGACCACAUCGCUGCCGACUGCAGGCUGCCGAGGGCACAGGCCAACACUUCGCUGUGGGAGCAGUAUCCGUGCAUGAGCGACAUCACGAAGACCAUCCUCAAGGCUGUGACUCGGAAGAGGCCCAUCCACAAAGGAAACCUGUUCACAGGCGGAGGCCAGCACGAGAUUCGAGAUGCUAAUAACAGGGAGACGAGCUUUAAAGAGACCCCCAUGAUACUGCCGCUGCAUCACUUCAAGUGGCGUGAGGGCUGCCUUGAGAAGCUGCAAGAGAGGGCUGCUCUCUAUAAGAAGAUGGGCAUCACCUGGUGGAUUGAAUCUGAAACCUUCCUCAAAUUCUAUACUGAGUAUGUGCCCCAACCACAACCCAACCAGUGA